CGAUCAAGUUGUGGCCUAAUCUGUGGCUGUCACCCACCGAAAACUCCCAGCUCCACUCUUGAACGGGGACCAAUCCUACCCAUUGAUACACUAGCUACACUGCCCUCCAUUCACCACUCUCCAGCCUUCAACUCGUGACAUUUUCAUCAUCCAUUCCUCCGCCUGCCCUCCGCUACCCACUAACCAAUUUCAGUCCCAGCCUUCCUUGUCUUCGGACACCGGGUCUCUCCUACUCCCAGCACCAUUUCAGAUUCGCCUGGCACGCCGCCGGCCCCGCCGGUGGCGGGCUCACCCCCGCCCCAUACCGGUGGGGCCAGAGGUGGUAGCCCGCUCAAGUUGGUUAUGCCAGCCUCGUCGCCCCCGCCCACCCCGCCGGCGGCCCCGCCCGAGUCCCCGGGUCCCACCCAACAUGAAGUACAAGUGGGUGAGAGUUUGCGGAGCAUAGCCGCUCAAUAUGAUGUCACGCCCACCAGUUUGGCGCGGGCCAAUCGCCUGUCGGCUUUCUCACCCAUGGUGUUCCCGGGACAGACGUUGUGGUUGCCGGGGGCGGGUCCCCUCCCACCGCCGGCCACGCCUCCGAAACCCCCCGCCUUGCCGGGUCGAGCGGUUCAGACCACGCCCAAAAGACCGGCCGUGGUAGAGGAUGAUGAGAUCGUGGAGAAGAACUUCAUCAAGCUCAAUGUGCGACACAUCACGGACGGAUCGGGUGUGGUGUUUGGCAGUUUGCUCAUCACGCCCAAGACGCUCAUGUUCAUUCCAAACGUGACGGAUCCUUUGGUGCAGGAGACCAAGCCCGAUGACUAUCAAGUCGUGGCCCCCAUGGAGUUGGUGGUCAAUCUAGUGGUAUUCCACGAGUUCGGCAAGUUCGACUCGACAUUCGGCAUCGCCAACCAGGAGAAUGAAACGAGCAAUAUGUUAUAUCAACCACCGGCGGAGGAUGACCCGCCUCCCGACAACGAUAGUCCCACCACCCCGCCUCUCUACCUCCGGGUCGUGAUGGGCAAACCCAUUGCCCGGAAAUUACACAAGUCCACCCCCAUUAUGUCAUAUGGUCGCCAAACGCUCCAGCCUGAAUACUGGUUCAUCCUCAAGGCCCGGAAUGGGGCGGAUCUGUAUGGGUUCUCGCAGCGGCUCUGUCCCGCCAAAUACGGCCUAUUGGAUCACAUGAAGAUCGAGCGGAGCGGCUACGAGGUCAUUCGACCCGGCGUCACCCUCUUAGAAGACGAGAGUGGUCGAUCCUCCAAUCGAGAUUCCGUGUCCAAGAUGAUCCGGAAAACUAUGACCUACAGUAGCAUCGACUUCGACAUGGUCUCCGAGAUGAUCGGCGAGACUGAAAUCUUUCAAGACGGUGAGCGCGAACGGUUAGCUCGCGAGUUCCCGCCCCGCGCGGAUGGCCAUAAUUGGGAGUUGUAUUUCUCGACCUCUCAUGAUGGAUUCAAUCUCAAGUCACUGCUGCGGAAACUCAAUAAUCACGAGACGCUCCGAGAUUACGACGGACCCGUGCUUCUCGUGAUUGAAGACGUGAAAUCCAAUGUUUUCGGCGCCUUCCUGACCUCCCCACCCAAAGUGACCGAGCACUUCGUGGGUACAGGUGAGACCUUUGUUUUCACACUCAGGCCCACGUACGAUGUGUUCCAUUGGACGGGUGAGAAUGAGUAUUUCUUGCGGUGUGACCAGGAGAACAUGUAUAUCGGAUCGGGCAACGGACGAUUCGCCAUCUGGUUGGAUGCUGAUCUAAAUCAGGGACGCUCUCAGGCCAGUCCUACUUUUGACAAUCAGCCUUUGACUUCAGAGGAUUUCACCCUGAAGACGCUGGAAUGUUGGGCUUUCGUUCUCUAACCGGACUCAACCGUUGAACUCUUGCGCGAAAUUCGGUUUUGCCUCGUCUCUCUGUGUCUUUUGUUUACGUUACCUUCAGUGACAUUCCCGGUUCAUUUCACCCCUUAGAUCUGUGAUAAAACACACACGCCUCUCUCUGGCUUUACUUCAAUCCCCUUGUUAUGAACUUGAUUUCUCCUUAUUCAAUACAGUGCAAAGCAACCAAUGAAAUCAUGACAGUUUUUCCUUCGUGACAAUGACAAUUGCAAUCAAAUAAAUCUGAGCGAAAUCACCA